ACCUACAGCUGAAUGGACUAAAUGAGCAUAUUGGUUAGAAUCGAAGCCAAAAGUUUGUCCUUUUCGCUUUUAUUCUAUCCUGCGUUACGAUGUAUGUGACAAUGUGCAGAAGAUUCAUUUUGGCAAGUUUAUUGCUGUUUGGGAUGUUCGUGUCGUCAACAAAGGCUGCAGUUGUCUGUCCAUCGUCUUUUUCUAAGCUUUCUGAUCCUGAAGACUGUCGAUAUUAUCUGCAAUGUGUCUUCGGGAAGCCAGUGCCAAUGCCGUGUCCACCGAGUCUAGGAUUCUCAACCAAGAGUAAAGCGUGUGUGUACCUUCCCGUAAGCGAUUGUGCAGAAGGUGGAAGCAAUGCCAUGAAUGAACCCACAACUUUUCGUCCGCUCGCGACAAAGAAGCCGGAGAAGCCUUUGAAACCCUUGUUACAACCUACUCCAACCUCUUCCCCUGAAGAGCCAAGCGCCACUAUAAACAUUACGAAAACCACAGAGGAGCCAACGACUACCUUUCAACCAAAAUCGUCGGAAUCCCCCACAGAGACGACCACGGAGCGAGAAAAGCCUGUAAUCCUUCAACGAUUCAUCGACGACGAAUGUGAGCGUAAUCAAAGGUCUCGAUUUCCUCACCCAACAGAAUGUGCUCUAUACUAUGAUUGUAGUGUCAUUUAUAAGAGCAUUCCGAAAUACUUCGAACAGUUCCUGGCUGAAUGCCCAUACCCACAACUGUUCAACGACAAAACUCUUCGAUGCGAGAGCUUCAAUAGGGUUAACUGCGGACGAAGGCGUGAGGUCAAAGAGCCAUGUGAUUAUCUCCAGAACUUGUGUCAGACAGCUAACUGUCGACCAUGCAAUGCUCGAUUCCCAAGCUGUGGAAAUCAGCCAGACGGAAUUAACGCCUGGGGUGAAAGAGAGUGGACACCGUACUUCGUCCAAUGCGACCGAGGACGAUUGAUGGAGCAAGGGAUCUGCGAACACAACAAGGGUUACCCAGCUCUCUUUUCACCCGAGAGUAAAGCAUGCGUCAGCAUUUUCACCGUUCCUAAGAAGUUCGGAGGAUACCAACCGGACUGUAUCAGAAAGCGAGAUGGAUUUUAUCCUGAUGAAAAUGAAAAGUGCCAUCUCUAUUACCAGUGCAAGGAUGGUGAAUACAGGGACACAUUUGAAUGUCCUGGUGGGAGAGUAUUCGAACCCUCCACUUCUCUCUGUAAAUACCCUAAGGACGUUAGAGGUCCAUGCCGUACUUACUACAGUACUUACCGCUAGUAAAUGGGCUUCCGCUUGGUUUUGCGCAUUCCAGUUUUCCAUGCGCAACUGUGACCUCAGCCUGUUUAAUGCACUAAAUGUUGAGUUUGUUUGAAUCGAUGCUGAAUUCAAGAUUUCCUUAUACUAUACUUAUUACGGAAAUACGAGACAUAAACCUUGUUCUAAGAUAACCAAAUUUGUCCUUUCACCUGGUGGGCGCUUAGUGUUCUGCAUGAAUCAAUGACACAUUUAAUCGUUCCGCGCGAUGUCGAAAAAUGUUAACCAGAUGAAUGCAUGACACUUUAGCACGUUUCAUGUAAAUUUCGCUUGUAUGACACUAGACAGGACAUUUACAAUGAUGUAUGUAUAAAGUUGAAAAUAAAUCUGACGUGAUCCGCUGCUGAAAGAUAUGUACAUGUAGUUUCAAUGAUAACAGCAGGUAUUCGCAUGGAUUGAGUUUCUUCCUAAUCCUACGGGUGCUGAUGGAGUUUCAUAAAUGCGUGAAAACAGUGCUCGAAGACUAAACCCUAUUUGAGACUUAAGAAUUAGUUCAAUAUCCUUUAUCUCACGGACUCACUUAGUCGAGAAGUUAUCACCCGUGUUGUUAUGUGUGUUAUAUGUAUUUACGUAUAAGCAUUUGGUCACCAUCAGACUGUCGUCGCUGCUCUGAUUUUAUUCUCAAAGGCAUUAUUUUUUAUCUUAUUAGGCAAACAUCCGUAAAAUAUCUUGAAGUUGGAAAAAAUAUCAGGCAUGAGGAACAGCCAUUGAUUCAAAGCGUCAUGUUUGACAUCCGUGUACCACCCGUAAAUCCCAAUUCCAUAUAUUCUAAAAAUGCAAUCCUGCAGUAUGCAAAUAAAAUUAU